AUGUCUCGUUUUCAAGGAAAAGUCGCCAUCGUAACUGGCUCAUCUUCUGGAAUCGGAGCUGCAACAGCUGUGUUAUUCGCCAGAGAAGGUGCAAAAGUCACAAUUACAGGAAGAAAUACAGAUGGUCUUGCGGCUACUAAGAAGGCCAUUCUUGGGGUUGGGGCCAAUGAAGACCACAUCAAUGUGGUAGCCGUGGAUGUAACUGAUGCCCUGGGAAGGGAACAGAUCAUCACCACCACUAUCCAGAAAUUCGGACAGCUUGAUAUUUUGAUCAACAAUGCGGGCGCCGCUUUUCGGGACACAAAUGGUUCAAUGGGAGUGGAUGCUGGCACGGAUGUCCUCGAGAAAACCAUGAAAUUAAAUGUGAACAGCGUAGUUGAGUUGAUCCAACUGGCUAGACCACAUCUUAUAAAGGCUAAGGGUGAAGUGGUGAAUGUGUCCAGCAUUGCUGGCCAACCGAAAGGACUACCAGCGUUCAUGUACUACUCAAUGGCCAAAUCUGCUCUGGAUCAGUUGACGCGUUCACUUGCCGUGCAGUUUAUUGCUGACGGAAUUCGUGUGAAUAGCGUUAGCCCCGGCGCUGUUGUUACAAGGUUCGCCCAAAACGUUGGGAUGUCCGACGCAGAAGCAGCAAAUCUCUACGAGCAAUUUUCGAACUCAAAACAAUCGUUACCAAUUCGAGAGGUCGGCCAACCGGAGGACAUAGCGAACGUGAUCGCAUUCCUGGCGGAUCGCCGCGCAUCCCGUUAUAUCAUCGGACAAACAAUUAUCGCCGACGGUGGUUCGGUGCUCACGAUUGCGGCAGAUGCAGCAUUUUCUGUCUAA